AUCGUGUCUGUUGGGGACCAUGCCUACCCAAGGGGGCUGAAGGGAAGCAACGAGACCGCACGGCUCAGGAGAGGAUGGAAGGAAGUCUACACAGGAGGAGAGCUCUCUCAUGUCCCGUGGUACCUCACUCCCGGCAACCAUGACUGCGUGGGUGAUGUGCAGGCCGAGUACAAGUACGCGGAAGAGGAGAGCAGGUGGAGGAUGAGCCCGUUCCAGGCUGCUCACUUUCCCCUCCCUGGCUCCACACAAAACACCUCUCUCCUCCUCAUUAUGCUCGAUAUGUGCACGUGGGUCUGCGGAAAGGAGGGGGAGCCAAACUUCCGCUGCCUGGCGUCGGAGAAGGACGGCAUGCCAGCUGUGAGGCAUAUGGGGAGCGCGAGGCGGCAGGAGAUGAUCUCUUGGCUGGGGAAGACACUCAAGGAUCAGUGCGGGAGGAGAGACGGAGGAAGGAGCUGGUGCAUCGUUGCUGGGCACUGGCCGGUCUUCAGCUUCAGCGGGAACGGGCCUACGGACAUCCUCAUCGAAGAGCUGUUGCCCGUGCUCAAGUCGCACAGAGUUCACGCGUACCUGUCAGGGCAUGACCACAACAUGCAGCAUGUG